UUCAAACUUUAAAAACUGACUUCCCCGCUGGGAACCAGUCGGAAGCUUGGCAACUGAAGAAGCAGAAACUUGGACCCUUGAAGCAGCGCAGAGAGGGGACAGGUUAGUGUCACUGUACCGAGAACCGCCACAGGUGCGAACUACCGGCUCCGAUUCCGCGGAGUAGCCGGGUAGGGCUGUGUAGUUCGUUAUUUUUCUAUCUGCGCGGAGUCCUUGGAGGGCAAGGCAAAGGGCCUUCAGCGCCCAGCAGGCAGGCAGAACUGGACGCCCUUUAAACCCUACGAUCAACUUCGAGGCUGAAAGAACUAAGUUCUAACGACACCAAGGAACGCGCAGAGGCGAGAACGUUGAGUGCAUCUCCAGGGCGACUGUUGUUCCCGGCCUAUCUACCUGUUAAAGAUGUCCAGUGAAUAUUCCCAGGAGGAGAUUUUCCUUAAUCUGAUCCGGUGCUUGAGUCCCAGGCUGACCCAAUACAUCCAAGUGGAACCAGUGCUGGACUACCUGACUUUCCUGGGGAGAGUUGAGAAAGAACGUAUUCAGCACACCGCUGCUACUGAGGGAAACAUGAGAGCCGCAAGGUUACUCUUGAGCACAUUAGAGAAGGGGACCUGGGAACCUGGCUGGACUCAGAUGUUUCUCACAGGGCUUAGGAAAGGGGGCUGCACCUUAGCUGCUCGCUACGUGAGACCAGACCUCGCUGACUUGCCUUCUCCAUCGUUAGAGACCUGUUAUGAUCAGUGCGCCCAACUGCUGGACAUUUUGCAACCCACCCUGGUCGACAAGCUUCAAGCUACUGAUGUUGUGGACAAAUGCUUGGAAAAGGCUCUGCUAACGAAGGAAGAUAGAAAUCGGGUUGUUCAUCUUGAUGAAAAUUAUGGAAAUGAACGUGCUGUCAGGGAACUGCUAAGCAGAAUAGUGCAAAAAGAAGAUUGGUUUUCUAAAUUUCUGAGUAUUCUUCGUGAAGCUACAUAUGUUCAGCUUGUUGAAGACCUCACAGGCAUUAACUGCUUGGAAGACAAUGAAGAGAUUAAGGAAAAUGGCAUUGAGAAAUUAUCCCCAAAGGAUGGUCAUGUCAUCGAAGAGACACUUAUUUCUUUAUCGGAUCGUCAAGAGCACGAAAAUGAUAGCCUAACUGUUGAAAGUGAUGAAUUGGAAUCAUCAUUUGCAGACUCUUCUCUGGUUUCAGAAUCAGACACAAGUUUGGCAGAAGGAAGUGUCAGCUGCUUAGAUGAAAGUCUUGGACAUAACAGCAACAUGGGCAGUGUUUCAGGCACCAUGGGAAGUGAUUCAGACCAAGAUGAUGAGAAGAAAAGAGCGUCUCCUGAGCCAGAACUGGUCCUCAGGUCUUACCAAAUGGAAGUGGCCAAACCAGCUUUAGAAGGGAAGAAUAUUAUUAUAUGCCUCCCUACCGGAAGCGGGAAAACAAGAGUAGCUGUUUACAUUGCCAAGGACCACUUAGAUAAGAAGAAAAAAGCAUCAGAGCCUGGAAAAGUUAUGGUGCUUGUGAAUAAGGUACCAUUAGUUGAACAGCACUUCCGUAAAGAAUUUAAACCAUUCUUGAAGAAAUGGUAUAACGUCAUUGGAGUGAGUGGUGAUUCUCAACUGAAAAUAUCAUUCCCAGAAGUUGUAAAAUCCAAUGAUGUUAUUAUCAGUACAGCGCAAAUCUUGGAGAAUUCCCUUUUGAAUUCAGAGAAUGGAGAAGAUGAUGGUGUCCAGUUAUCAGAUUUUUCCCUCAUUAUUAUUGAUGAAUGCCAUCAUACCAACAAAGAAGCUGUUUAUAAUAAUAUAAUGACGCGUUAUCUGAAACAAAAGAUGAAGAAUUGUCGACUCAAGAAGGAAAAUAAGCCAGUGGUACCUCAACCUCAAAUACUUGGACUGACAGCUUCACCUGGUGUGGGAGGAGCCAAAAAGCAAUCUAAAGCUGAAGAACAUAUUUUAAAAAUAUGUGCUAAUCUCGAUGCGUGUACAAUUAUCACUGUUAAAGAAAAUGCUGCCCUUUUAAAAGAACAAGUGAAGGAACCCUAUAAGAAGUUUGUGAUUGCAGAUGACAACAGAGAAAAUCCAUUUAAAAAGAAACUUCUAGAAAUAAUGACAGACAUUCAUACCUUCAGUCAAAUGAAUCCAACAUCUGAUUUUGGGACACAAACUUAUGAACACUGGGUCAUUCAUCAGGAAAAAAGAGCUGCAAAAGAAGGAAAUCGCAAAGAACGUGUUUGUGCGGAGCAUUUGAGGAAGUACAAUGAAGCCCUGCAAAUCAAUGACACAAUCCGAAUGAUAGAUGCAUACCACCACCUCAAAAGUUUCUAUAAUGAUGAAAAGGAGAAGAAGAUAGCAGCCCAAGAGUAUGAUAGUGAGGAGGAGGAGGAAGAGGAGGAAGAUGAUAACAAAAAGAAACUAUUGAAAUUAGAUGAAACAGAUCUGUUUCUUCUAGAAUUAUUUUAUGAAAAUAAGAAAAAAUUGAAAAAGCUGGCCAUCACUCCAGAUCACGAAAAUGAAAAACUGACCAAAUUAAGAAAUACCAUAAUGGAAGAGUUUACUAAAACUGAUGGAUCUGUAGCCCGAGGAAUAAUCUUCACCAAGACUCGACAAAGUGCAUUUGCUCUUUCUCAGUGGAUUAAUGACAUUGAAAAAUUCGCUGAAGUAGGAGUAAAAGCUCACCAUCUAAUUGGGGCUGGAAAUAGCAGUGAAUUUAAACCCAUGACACAGAAUGAACAAAAGGAAGUAAUUAAUAAUUUUCGUACUGGAAAAAUAAACCUACUUAUUGCUACCACAGUAGCUGAAGAAGGCCUGGAUAUAAAAGAAUGUAAUAUUGUUAUCCGUUAUGGUCUUGUCACCAAUGAAAUAGCCAUGUUACAGGCCCGAGGUCGAGCUCGAGCUGAUGAAAGUACAUAUGUACUGGUGGCAAGUGGUGGCUCAGGAGUGGUUGAACGUGAAAGUGUUAAUUUGUAUCGUGAGAAGAUGAUGCACAAAGCUAUUGACCGGGUUCAAAAUAUGAAUCCACAGGAGUAUGCUCAUAAGAUUUUGGAGUUACAAAUGCAAAGUAUAAUGGAAAAGAAAAUGAAAACUAAGAAAAGUCUUGCAAAGCAAUUAAAGGACAAUCCAUCAUUAAUAACCUUCUUCUGUAAAAACUGUAGUGUGAUGGCCUGUUCUGGAGAAAACAUCCAAGUGAUUGAGAACAUGCAUCAUGUCAACAUGACACAGGAAUUUAAGAAACUCUACAUCGUAAGAGAAAAUAAAGCACUACAAAAGAAAUUCGCAGACUAUCAAACAAAUGGUGAGAUCAUUUGCAGUCAGUGUGGCCAGGCCUGGGGAACUAUGAUGGUGAACAAAGGUUUAGACUUACCUUGUCUCAAAAUAAAAAAUUUUGUAGUGGCUUUUAAAAAUAAUUCCCAAAAGAAACAGUACAAAAAGUGGGUGGAAUUGCCUAUGAUGUUUCCAAAGCUUGACUACACAGAACAUUGUAUGUUUAGUGAUGAAGAUUAAUAUGGACUUGAUAUUCUCUACAUUCUUUAAACUUUAUAUUUUUACAAAGAAUGCAGAGUCAUAUUUUUGCAGUGAUUGCACCAGAGCAUUGGGAGAAUGAAUGAGAACAUCUCUUUAAAUCAUUUUGAGCUAUUUGAAGAAUGGUAUUCUGUCAGGUUUCAUAUUAUCCAUGUUAUUAGUGAGCAGAUGAAAAAAGAAUCCACAAAGCCAUAUUUGAUUAAUAUAGCAGCUAGCAUCAUAUAGUGCUGAGAAACCUAGAAUAGACUUGCUUUGUAACUUACUACCCCAGUAUUUUCUGCAAGGGUCAUGACAAUUGGCAGGAAAAUUACCAAAAAGACAGGAACCCAGAAGGAAAAGAAUUGAAAGAGACAAGUCCUAGCAAAUCAAGAUCUAAAUAAAUAAGACAUUUCUAUAUAUCAGUCAUUGCUAUAUUUAUUCCCAACUUUCAUUUCCUGAUCUCUGCCAAUUCAUACAGCAAAGAGAUACUUUUUGCCUCUUUCUUUUCCGGAGUGGCAACCUUCUUGUGGCCACUCCACUCUCAUAUUUCCUAGUUCCCAUAAAAGCCAAUGAGAAUAAUCAAGCAUUGGUUAUAUGGGUCAUUGAACAUUCCCCAACAGACGGAACAACCCCAGUUAAAACACUCCUCCCUUUUCCUCAAAAAAGUGAGGGCCAGGAACUACAAUCGGGCUUUAUCAAUGAACAACAAUUACUGAAUUACAUCAGCUGACUUGCUACAAGAGUACAGUUCUCUCCUGAUAGAUGAAGAAGAGAAAUUUUGGCUACUUAUUGAAGAUUCUUCCUUCUUCUCUACUUCAGUUUAGAGACAUAAACUUAAUUAGCACCAUGUUCUCUUGAUUUUUUUUUGAUAUCUACGUAUGGAUUUUGGUCAACAAUAUUUAUCAUAUGAAAUGCAAAAAGGAUAAGUUAAGCUAUCCCUCCCUUCAAAGAAAAAUGCCUCCAAGGAACUCCUCCAAACUACAGAGGAAGUAGAACACUCUUUAAGUGGCCUCUGGAAACUGUACAAGAUUUUGUUGUUGUUUCAGUUGUGGGAAACUCUUCAUGACUCCAUUUGGGGUUUUCUUGGCAAAGAUACUUGA